AUGCCCAUUACAGGCCUCAUCAUAAAUGAUAGAAAACGUCCCUUCCGUGGUGGCCCUGAGCAGCAGAAGAUGCUGGGACACAGGGGGUGUUUCCGGGUUGGAAUCUGCUUGCCUCUUGUGGAGCUGGCUGAGAGGUUCACUUUCUUCGAAGUUGUCUGCACCAUGAUCCCCUUUUGCACAGGGAAGCUUGGCUACCACAGCCACCAGGCGGCCAUUCUCAACCUGUGCUUUAUUGGAGCCUCAGUCCUUACCCCUGUGUUUAUGGGAUGGCUUGCAGAUAGCUACUUCAGAAGAAACACAAUGGUGCUCAUAUCCUCAUCUCUACAUUUCCUAGGCACUGCUUUGCUAUCUGUGCUUGCUUUCCCCUUGGAGGAUUUCUAUGGAGACGCUUACCCAGUGAUCAGCAACACACCGGUGGAGGAGCGGACUGGGCUGUUUCACACUGCACUGCUGACCCUCUGCCUGGGCACAGGAGGAAUAAGAGCCGUCAUUUGUCCAGCGGAGAUAGGCUGCCUUCAGGAGCAGGAAUCAACAAAGCUGACGUCCUUUUUUGACUGGGCCUCCUGGUCCAUGAACCUGAACACAGCUGUUGUCUUUCUGGGAAUCUCAUGCGUCCAGCUCCUGGAGGCAGGGGCGCCUGUGGUCCUGCUUCCUUCUCUGUCCGUGUUCAUGGCGCUAGUAACACUUUACAUGAGGCACUGCAACCUGAUCUGUCAGCCAGAGAAACAUCGCUCCCUCCUGACUGUCUCCAGCGUGUUUGCUAAGGUCCUGAAAACACGCUGCCUGCCCUACUGCCACCUUGGUCGAGGGGCAAAGAGUUGGUUAGACCAUGCCAUGGGAAAACAUGGCGAAUGGCACAGUGAACACCAGGAGGAAGAGGCUGUCUUCUCUGCCCUUUUGCCUCUCUUCAGCUUCCAGCUCAUAUACAGAAUGUGCCUCAUGCAGAUCCCCUCGGGAUAUUAUCUUCAGACCAUGAAUUCCAACAGGAACUUGGGUGGAUUUCCUCUGCCAAUUGCAUUGAUGAAUGCCGUGAGCACUCUGCCGUUAUUAAUUCUGGCUCCCUUUAUGGAUUUCUUCAGCAACCGUCUACUUCCCUCUAAGAGAGAUGGACCAUUCCUGUCGGCAUGCAUUAUUGCUGGUAACAUUUGUGCAGCCUUGUCUGUGGCAGUAGCCGGCUUUCUAGAAAUAUACAGAAAGCUCGCCCAGCAGCCUCCUUCAAGCAAACUUUUCUCUGCUUCCUCCAUGGCCUGCAUCUGUCUGGUUCCACAGUACGUGCUGCUUGGAGUGUCUGAAGCCCUGGUGAACCCAGCCGUCUCCAUGGUAACACAGGGAGUCAUUCCAAGAACCUUCAGAGGAACUUCCAUGACUUUUUUGACGCUGUUCCAUGGAUCUGCCUGUUUCGCAGGGGCUCUGCUGGUAGAGUUGGUUUAUCUCGUCUCAGAAGGCAAUUGGUUUCCAAACACAUUAAACAAAGGCAAUUUAGAAAGCUUCUUCUUCGUGCUGGCAUCCUUGACGCUGCUGAAUGCCCUGGGAUUCUGGAGGGCUUCAGAGAGAUAUUGUAAUCUAAAUCAUUUUAAUGCCCUGCACAUCAGUGGAAGUAAUUGUGAAGAAACUCUUCUCCUCUAUGAAAAGUCUCUGACGUUUUAUGGCAGUACAGAGGAAACAUCUUCAAAUAUUGAUCUUUGGGAGACAGCCCUAUGA